AUGAUUUUCAAUUCUGAGUUCUCAGGUCAAUAACAACAUACAACAUAACCUAUAGUAACUGGAGGCAGUGUAAUAGCACUAGCUUACAAGGGUGGUGUAGUUGUAGGAGCAGAUACACUUUGUAGUUAUGGAAGUAUGGCAGAUUUCAAAAAUGUUGAGAAGAUUGCUCAGGUGUCUAAGAACACAAUUUAUGUUUCAAGUGGCGAAUUUUCUGAUUUUCAAUAAGUAGUGAGGGAAUUAGCAAAAAUCGACAGAUCAGCCUUAUAAUAUGACGAUGGAGUCCAUCCAUCCCCUAGAGACUAUGGCAAUUACUUAGCGAGAUUGUCAUACAAGAGGAGAUGCAAAAUUAAUCCAUUAUAUUUAUAGAAUGUGAUCGCAGGAUUUCAUAAUGGAGAACGAUAUCUAGGUCUUGUUGAUAUUUAUGGUACUUACUUGGAAUCAAAUUUCGUGACCACUGGUUUUGCAAGCUACUUCUGUAAAGCCAUCAUUAGUAAUUAUUGGAAUGAAAAUUGCACUCUUGAUUAAGCCAAAUAAGUGAUUAGGGAAUGCUUCAAAGUGUUAUUCUGCAGAGAUUGCAGAGCUCACGAUGUGAUCCAAUUGGCUUAUGUUGAUGAGCAAGGAACACACAUUGAGUAGCCAGAGAGAGUGGAAACCAAGUGGGAUUUCAGUGGAUUCAAGAACAGAGCAAAUGAGAAAUUACACACAUAAUGAACAUAAUAAUUAUUUGAUUUAUAUAUUUUCAUA